AUGGCUGCUCAUGGUACCACGCCAAUUUGUCCAGACUGGAUUUUUCUAGAUAACUCCAACGUCCAUGUGGCGAAAGAUCGAGGCUGGUUCAUGACUUACACUCCUUUUAAUUCCUACAUCAAAUCUUCUCUUUUCUGUUCCCCUAGAUAUCUGCCUGUGCUAGGAGUUGGUACUGUGAGGAUUCCAACCAAAUGCUCGUCAACCCAGUCUGGUAUAUCUAAUCACAGUUAUCUGCGUCUGGAGCAGGUCUUGCACGUGCCCGGCUUCAUUUGCAACGUCAUUUCAAGUUCAGUCAUGAUAUCCGAUGGCUAUAAUAUACAAAAGCAUGUUAGCAGAAGGUCAAAGGGAGCGGUCAAAGACAGGUCGGGCAAACAAAUAGCGUUCUUUAACCGUAAUACACCGCACUACAGUAUCAGAGUCAGAAGCCGGCCUGAAGGUCCGAGAUUGGGUCCGCAUGUACUUCGAAAGAAUGGAAUGUACAUGAUCAGCUGUUAUUGGGUACACAAUGGAGAGCAAAAAUGUCAUUGGGAACAGAGUGAAGAGCAAAAAUGGCUGGACUAUAAAGCCGGAGAUUGUGACAAAUACUCGAAAUCAGUAUCAGCAAUCGCUACUGGUACCAGUUCGUCGGACACAAACGCCAAUCCGCCGUACACAAAGGCCGAGAAAAGGUUCCUCGAGGAUAGCUGUGACGGUGAAUAUGAGUUCCUCUUCAACCAUGGUCUCGAUUUCUACAAUAGCGAGGACCGCGAAAGAAGCAGAUUGUUACUGCGGGCGCUCAUGCGUAGAGAAGGCCUUGACGGAGAAUGUGCGGACGAAGAAGAAUCCGAUGAUGAGGAAGAAGAAGAAGAAGAAGAAGAAGACGAAGAAGAAUCUAACAACGAGGAAGAAGGAUCCAACUACAGUUUUGACGAUGCAGAACUUUAUGACCCUGCAGAGUUUAGUAGUGAAGAGCUUAAAUGGGUCCGUACUCACUAUCGCGACGUUGAUGCGUUCAUGGCAGCAUAUGGGCUGAAUCCCAAUUGGUUUUAUGAUCGCAUGGAUGCAAGGGGAAUGGUAAAUGGUCUUUUGAAGGAAGAGAAGCUAGCAAAUGCCGUAGACGAAUAG